UGUCCCGUGUUGAGCAGCACACGGAUGUCGGCCACGAGUCAGUUUGCCGAAGUGCAGCUCGAAAGGAGCGAAACGGUGAGGCUGAAGAACGUCAAGACGGAACACUACGUGUGCGUGCGCUCCGUGGGCUCGAAACACAUUCUGGAGGCAAAGCCGCUGCACCUGCUUCAGGACGACGAGGUUACAUUCAAAUUUUAUUUCUAUAGAACAGCUGACAUUGAAGACACCCAGCUUGUUCUACCAAGACAUGAAGCUACCAAGAAAUAUAUAAGCUUGGACAAGAAAUACAGACUAAAUCUUAAAGAUGAUCCAUAUGAGACGCCCCGUUCUCCUGAGGAAUUGAAGGAAGCUGACAACAGGUUCUUCUACAUAAAAUUCCCUGAAGGGGACGCCACAAGGGUAUUGUUAGAGGGAAUGAAUGGUUUACGGAAGAGAAACUAUUUUUUGGCUGCUGGAGAAAAUUUAAAGAGUGUUGUUGUGAAAAUGCAUGAAGGGGACGUGUAUCCAGAAGACAUAAUGUUUUUCUAUGAAAAGUUCACUGAUAAUCAUAUUAACUCUGUUUAAUUGUGUAGAUACUGAAGAGGUUUAAAAUACCGUUUCAGUUGUGGGGCUCUUUCUAUUUAGAAUACGACCGGUUUCGGACUCUUAUAUGUCCAGUAGCAGGCGUUAUACUGAGAAUAAACAAGAGACCGGAGAUAAUAAUAGCUUUAACAAGCAGUAGUACACAUAAAAAAAAAGUAAAAAGGAAGUUCCAAGUAACAUUUUGGAAACCAGCGAUCGGGCUAGGUCCUGUAAAACAUAAGUGAAUGGUGAAGUGACACCAGAUAACACUAUGGACGACUGCUAGGGUAAAGAAAUAUACAAUGAACACCAGGACACUUAUACAUUCCGCUGCGAACCUGAGCGCCGCGGAAGACGAGUAGUGUGGGAAAAGGGUGGGGUGGGGGGGGGGGGGGGGGUGAACCAUAAUCACAAAAGUACUGCCAUCUGUUGACAGGAAGAAGAAUGCAGGGCCACUAGCCUGGCCGUUCACAAUUUGAAUUAGUGAUUCACAUUCAAAGGGACAAAAAAUCAUUACAUAGAAUGUUACAUGAACAGGUUAUGAGUGGUAAACUAACUUACUGAACUGGGCAGUGCAGAACUGUAGUAAAACUGACUAAAAGCUGGUGACAUAAAAUUUAUGUAUAAA